AUGCAGGCUUUCAUUCUUUUCUGUGGUUUUCUCAGCGUUUCCCUGGCCUUCCAAUGCUAUAGCGAUGGGAAUCCGGAUGGACAGGCACCGACGAGUAUUCAAACUGCGAUCGACUGUGCGGAUGGCUGCAAUUAUUGUGCGAAGAUUACCGGGAAAUUGAAGGGCUCAAAAAAAACGCUCUCUGGUUGGGGAUGCGGCUGUGGAGGUGAUGACUCUGACAUCGCCACGCCUGCCGGUCACACGUGCACGAAAAAGGAAACAAAGAGUUUGAAAGACGAUUCCACUGUUGAUGCAAAUCUUUACGUUCAACAACUAGAUCGCGUGAACGCGGUUCUUCGCUCAAAAGGAAUUGAUCCGACAACAGUGCGGUUGUUACACGACAAUGCUCGUCCUCAUGUUGCCAAAAUUACGCAAGAGAAAAUUGAGCGAUUGGGCUGGGAACUUCCAGUUCAUCCGCCUUAUAGUCCAGAUAUUGCUCCAUCUGACUACCAUUAUUUCGAAGACAUUGACGACAUCAAAAAAUGGGUCUCUGCUUUCUUUCAAUUAAAACCAGGACAAUUCUUUCAAGAGGGAAUCCAUAAUUUGUGUAAAAGAUGGAAAAAUGUUAUUGAUAGCUGUGGGGAAUAUAUUGUUGAU